CCCUAAUUUACAAUUCACCCAAAUUUGAUUUUGCUUCUCAUUUCUUCAUUUGUUCUUUUUCGUUCCCUCUCUUCCCUCUGUUAACAACUCAAGCUCACGGUGCCCAAAACCCAUUUUCAAUGAUUCGGGUCCGCUGAAAAGAAGUUGAUAUCGAUUCUCACUACCACAUCGGAAAUAUCCCUUCCUAUAUAUAUUCAUUUCUUGGAUAAUCUUUUUUUUAAUACAAACAGAAAACCCUCUAACACCGAUAGUAGAAGCGUUUUUUCUUUUUCUUUUUUCUUUUUUUCUUUUUGCUGAUUCUCAAAUUCAAUCUCAAAGUUCUCAAUCCACAUUAAUUUCUCUCUCUGAAAGCCUCAAUGGAUCUCCUCCAAACCUACAAAGACCAAAAUGAUGAGGAUAUUGGUGAACUAGAGGACCAAACCCAAAACCCUAUUUCCACCACAUCAUCCCCCGAGGCCUCCCCACCUCGUCUCCUUCCCGCCAAGUCUGCAGCACCAAAGGUGGAUGACACCAUGUUGGCCCUCACAGUAGCUCAAGCCCACCAAGCCCAUUCAAGGCCAAUCGACCCAGUCCAGCAUGUUGUUGCCUUUAACCCCACCUAUGACCAGCUCUGGGCCCCCAUCGUUGGCCCAGCCCACCCUUAUGCCAAGGAUGGCAUCGCCCAGGGCAUGCGCAACCACAAGCUCGGCUUUGUUGAGGAUGCUUCCAUUGAAUCUUUUGUCUUCGACGAGCAGUACAAUACUUUCCACAAGUACGGCUAUGCCGCUGACCCCUCUGCCUCUGCCGGCAACAAUUAUGUUGGUGAUCUUGAUGCCUUGCAAAAGAACGACGCCAUCACUGUCUACAACAUUCCACAACACGAGCAGAAGAAGAGGAAGAUUGAGAAGAAGGAAACAGAGAAGGAGGAAGGCAAUGACCAAGAAGAAAAUGUUGAUAAGAUUGAGCUUCAGAAUCCAUCAACUGACACUUGGUUGAUGAAGAAUAGGAAGAGUCCGUGGGCAGGCAAGAAGGAAGGAUUACAAAGUGAAUUGACAGAAGAGCAGAAGAAGUAUGCGGAGGAGUAUGCAAAGAAGAAGGGUGAGGAGAGAGAGAGAGGCGGUGAAAAGGGUGAGAUUCUUCCAGAUAAGAGUACAUUCCAUGGUAAAGAAGAGAGAGAUUAUCAAGGAAGGUCUUGGAUUGCGCCUCCCAAGGAUGCCAAGGCCAACAACGAUCAUUGUUAUAUACCGAAGAGAUUGGUGCACACUUGGAGUGGCCACACGAAGGGCGUGUCUGCAAUAAGGUUCUUCCCAAAACACGGGCAUUUGUUAUUGUCAGCUGGGAUGGAUACGAAGGUGAAAAUAUGGGAUGUGUUCAAUUCGGGCAAGUGUAUGAGGACCUACAUGGGUCACUCCAAGGCAGUGAGGGAUAUUUGGUUUUGCAACGACGGGACAAAGUUUUUGACGGCUGGGUAUGAUAAGAAUAUCAAGUACUGGGACACAGAGACAGGGCAAGUGAUAUCUACUUUUAGUACCGGGAAGAUUCCAUAUGUGGUUAGGCUUAAUCCGGACGAUGAUAAGCAGAACAUUUUGUUGGCAGGGAUGAGUGAUAAGAAGAUUGUUCAGUGGGAUAUGAAUACCGGACAGAUUACACAGGAAUACGAUCAACAUUUGGGGGCAGUGAAUACUAUUACAUUUGUUGAUAAUAACAGGAGGUUUGUGACUUCGAGCGAUGACAAGUCACUUCGAGUAUGGGAGUACGGGAUACCUGUGGUUAUAAAGUAUAUUAGUGAGCCUCAUAUGCAUUCUAUGCCAUCCAUUUCACUUCAUCCCAGUACAAAUUAUCUUGCUGCACAGAGUUUGGACAAUCAGAUUCUUAUAUAUAGCACAAGGGAGAGGUUUCAGCUCAAUAAGAAGAAGAGGUUUGCCGGGCACAUUGUGGCAGGGUAUGCUUGCCAAGUCAAUUUCUCACCAGAUGGCCGGUUUGUUAUGUCAGGAGAUGGUGAGGGUAAAUGCUGGUUUUGGGAUUGGAAGACAUGCCGAGUUUUCAGAACUCUCAAGUGUCACGAGGGAGUGUGCAUUGGGUGUGAGUGGCACCCAUUGGAACAAAGCAAGGUGGCAACUUGUGGCUGGGACGGAUUGAUUAAGUACUGGGACUAGUUGCUUUUCUGCUCUAUGUUGCAAGGUGUGGAUAUAAUCUGAUGAACCUAUCUUGGAUAUACCUGCUAGAAGACUAGAGGAGCCAAAUUGUGGUUUUGAAGUUAAAUAUUGUGAUGCAGGUUCCUUAAUUGGAAUGCGGGUACACUUGUUUGGAUAAAGUUAAGAGAUAGGACAUCAACAUCACAACGAUGGUGGACAAAUUUGUUCAAAAUUUUUGAUUUAGUUUAGUUUCAUCAUCAGGCAUGUCAUCAAGUAAUAUGCUGGAAAUGUACUUCAACUUGUAUAACAGUUAUUUUUUUACCUUUGUAGAUCUGUUGCUUUUUUCUAGCUGAUUUAUGAUGAUUAGAGCAGUUUUUCAGU